CAAAACCUGUGCACAACCUCGUUAUUGGGGUUGCUCUAGUAAUCUCCGGUCGGGUAGUCUGAAACUCCGGAAAGUUCACUCACUGACACUGACUGAUUUCAACGAUAAUGGUGACCGUCGGCAAACAUCUUCCGAUCACUCGUCUUCUCCUCUUCACACUCCUCUGCAUCUUGGCAGGUGGAAGUGAGUUGGAGAAGUCAGAACAGUACCCUUUAGUUAUAAGCACCUGGCCAUUCCUGGAAGCUGUUAGAGCUGCCUGGAGGGCUGCCGAUAGUGGUUCAUCAGCUAUAGAUGCAGUGGUGGAAGGUUGUUCAACUUGCGAGGAAUUGCGGUGUGAUGGUACAGUUGGGCCUGGUGGAAGUCCAGACGAGAAUGGAGAAACCACGAUUGAUGCUAUGGUCAUGAACGGGGUAACGAUGGAAGUUGGAGCUGUUGCGGGUAUGAGGUAUGUGAAAGAUGGCAUAAAAGCUGCGAGGCUGGUGAUGGAGUAUAGUACACACACGAUGCUCGUUGGGGAGAAAGCUUCGGUUUUUGCCAUUUCAAUGGGGCUUCCAGGUCCAACGAACCUAAGCUCGACAGAAUCGAUAGAAAAAUGGACCAAAUGGAAAGAAAACAAUUGCCAGCCUAAUUUUAGGAAAAAUGUCAUUCCUACAGACAACUGUGGUCCUUAUCGUCCAAAGGGCUAUACCUACCAGGACGAGACAAAAUGUUCGGUUGGACCUAAUGGAUCGGGAUCGUUUCAUAUAGGUCCUAACAACCAUGACACGAUAUCUAUGGCUGUUGUUGAUAAAAAAGGACAAAUUGCAGCUGGCACCUCUACCAAUGGGGCAACAUUUAAGAUUCCUGGGAGGGUUGGCGAUGGACCUAUCCCUGGGUCUUCCGCAUAUGCCAUUUCUGAAGUCGGAGCUUGUGGUGCAACCGGGGAUGGUGACAUCAUGAUGCGCUUCCUUCCAUGCUAUCAAGUGGUUGAGAGCAUGAGGCUAGGCCUGGAACCGAGAGCUGCUGCUCAGGAUGCAAUUUCGCGAAUAGCAAGGAAAUACCCGGACUUCACUGGGGCCAUUUUCGCUGUCAACAAGAGCGGCCAUCAUGCGGGCGCGUGCUAUGGAUGGACAUUUCAGUACUCGGUUAUGAAACCUGGGAUGAACGACGUCGAGGUUUUCACUGUUCUCCCGGAAACCAGGUCUGUUCGAUGAAGAUCGAUGCUUCAUGUAUCCUUAACAUGGUGUAUAUGUCUGUGAAGUCUACUGCAAAUCAAAGUAUAGAACAAAUGUGAUGAACAUUUUCUUGUCACCUCCCAACUUAAUCAUUAAGUGACGGUAUUGAUUGAUA